ACUAGCGGACACUCUUGCUGCGGUGGCGGAAGCUCCUCUCCCUCUCUGUCUGCCCCACAACGUGGUGACCGAGAGCAGCUGGGGGGCUCUGAUCGCUUUCUGAAAGUUUCAGGGUCGGCACCAAGAGUCAUGGCGGCGUCGAAGAGCGAGCCGGGCUUCCGCGCCCAGCAGUUAAUGUCUCUCGACCCCAAGAAGCAGAAGGAGUUUCAGCGGAAGCUGCAUGGGAUGAAGAAGCAGAAGAAGGUCGAAAAGCUGACACCAGGUGUAAUUUACUUAGGCCAUAUUCCUAAGGGAUUCUUUGAACCCGCGAUCAAGAAAUACUUCUCCCAGUUUGGAACAGUUUUAAGAGUGCGACUUUCACGCAGCAAAAAGACUGGAAACAGCAAAGGAUAUGCUUUUGUGGAGUUUGAAUGUGAGGAAGUUGCCAAAAUCGUUGCAGAAACAAUGAACAACUAUUUAUUUAAUGAAAGGCUUUUAAAAUGUCAGGUUCUUCCACCAGAAAAAGUACAUCCACAACUUUUUAAAGGUGGCCAUACAACUUUUAAGAAGCCUAACUUCCCGGCUGUUACUCGUUACAACAAGAAAAGAACACCGAAGCAAGAAAGUGUGAUGUCAAAAAGACUCCUUGCGAAAGAAGGGCAGUUACGGAAAAGGCUUGCUGAGAAAGGGAUUGACUACGACUUUCCUGGUUUUGCUGCAGUGCUGCCUCAGACAAAAAAACAAAUGUGUACAGAAAUGAAUGACACAGUAAACAGCCAGGAUGUGACUCCUGUCUGCACACCAUCUGUUCUAAAACGACGUCAAUCUUUAAAGACCCUUGAUGAUACAGAUGAUGAAGUCACAUUCAAGAUACAACCUGCUGAAAGGACUGGCAAAAAGAAAAGCAAAUCAGCUGAAAAAGUGCAAAAAACGAACAAAUUAAAGAAAACUAAAAGAAAAAUUCGUGCCAAAUGAAGUUUGAAGGAUUUUUAAAUGAUGAAUUGGAAAAGACACAUUGGUUAUCUUUGCAGGAAGUUAGGAUCUGCCAGUCAUUGAUAUGUGUCGUUGUGAAGAGUGGUACUGAAAUGUUCAGUUUUGAUUAAUUUGUUGAUGCAAGUUUUUACUUGGAGUACGAACAAAUAUACGUAAGAUGCCCUGAUAACCGCUUGUAUUAAAAGUGGAAUGUUCUGCAAGUCAACAAGUCAAUCUUGUUUCCCCAAAAGUAUUCACAAAGCUUACAUACUUUGGUACAGUAAUAAUUUCAAAAUAAGUCAAUUUAAAAAUGUGGCAUUCUAGCCAAAAAUUUAUUUUAAUUGAUUUUGUUUCCAGUUUUGAAUAAACAUCUUUGCCCAAAAUAGGUGUUUGAAAAUUAAGUUGUUUCAUUUUAAAUUACAGACUUGUGUGAUGAAUGUUGAAAGGUUAAGUUAGAGAUUAGUAAAAAGGCUGGAAAUAGAGAGAGGUUGCCAGUAUGCAUUAAGUCAAUCAGCAGAAGGAUGGAAAAAUAUCACACAGCACCCUUAUCAGAGUACAAGAGGCAGCAAGUCAAUGCUGUGCUUAAAACAAAUCAGGUUUAUCUGCUUUCUUUUCUCAGUCUGAAGAUCGAAAGAAAAAAUGGUACCCACUGACAUUUUGGUAUUGCUAAGGUCACAAUAUAUCAUUGUCAUGUACAGCAGAUUUGGUUGUUGGACAUCAACUUUGUAUCUUCAGAACUUCUGACUACCUGCUUCAAAUCAGCUCUCUGGUUAUGUCCCAAUGAUUCAUGCAGUAGUCAGACUUGCAGCAUUCUGAAUCUGCCACGUAUACUUUGUAAUUGUUCAUAUUUAGCAGCUGCAUUCAUCAUACCUUGAUAUGGAAGUAGCCUUAUUACUUUUUGGGGUUUAAUGUUUUUCAAAACUAAUUCUAGAUACUGCAGUGCAUGUAAUGACAGGUACUGAAGGAAGAAAAUUUAACUGGCCUGGAGCAACUUGUAUCUUUUGGUCGAGCUUCAUUCAGUCAUUAUAUAUUGUACAAAAACGUUGCAUUCGGACAGAAUAAAUCAUUCUGUCAGCUUUUAAGAUUGUUUCUGUCCUCCUUGUGCUGUUAGUAUUUGUGAAAUGGACAAAUAAUUUUUUACAGUAUAACAAUACACCAUUCAUAUUUAACUACCAAAUUAAGUUUGUGUACAUGCAGAGUUCAUUAUAUACAGGAGAGAUGGUGUGUAGCUCUUUUUAUUUUGAAUCAAAAUCUGCUGUCGUCUUUGUUAGAUAUUUGUAAAGUGAAGAAAAUAGUCCUACACAGUUUUCCUGUGAUUAAUGCAACAUAAAUGUGCUUCAAGUUUUGACUAGUUUUGUUAUUGUGUGUGUAUACAUAAAAAAAGUUCAUAAAUCAAUCUCUUGUAGCUUUCAGUGUAUCAAAAAUAUUUCUAAGCUACAAUAUAUUGAAGGGCUGCUGAUUUAGUGUUUGAAUACUAAUUAGAUUUUUACUGCUUAGAAUUGUCUCACCUGUCUUCUUUACUUUCUGAUUCAAAUUUCCUGCCUAUAAAAUUAAAGUGCAAUUAGAGGCCAAACAAAAAUAUAUCUCACUUUUAAAACAUUUAAUGUAGAGAAAUUAAGAGUAAUGAUUACAAUUAUAUUUUGAUGGAAGAAAUGUUGCUGGAACCAUACAUAGUGUUACUUGGAGAAACCUAAAGAACUACAGAUGCUGGAAAUCAGAAACAAAAUCAGAAAUUGUUGGAAAAACUCAGCAGGUCUGGUAGCAUCUGUGCAGAGAAAGUAGAGUUCACGUUUUGGAUCCAGUGACCACAUUUAGGAGCACUGUGCAUCAGACUGGUCUGUGGAUUGCAAAGAAGGAUAUUAUAAGGUUUGCAAAGAAGAUUUGAAAGGAUGAUAUGAGAAACUGAGGGGUUGUAACUUUUCACAAAUGACUGAAAAGCUAGAAGCUUUUUUUUCUUCUGGAAAAUAGCAAUCCAGGAAGCGAAUGAACAAUGGACUUUAAAAUUAAGAAGGGAAUCAGUCGGGCAGAGGUAGAGAUGCUUUCCACUUGUGUGGGAGUAGGGGUCACCAAUGAAUGGCACUCCUUACUAAAGGCAAUGAAGGAAGCAUCAGAAAGAUCUUUACACACAGUAGUCAGAAAGUGGCGCUUGCUACUACAUGGAGCAGAGGAGGCAAAUUUCACAGUUCCAUAGCCAGUAUGGACAAAAUGGGGAGAAUGGCUGCCUUCUGUACUGAAAUGACUAUAUAUUUGACAGAGGAGAAUCAUGUAGAACCCAAACAGCAGCACAGACCAAGGGUAAGAAUUGGCCUGUCUCCAUGCUGUACCUCCCAUGUAGCAAAUCUGCAAAAUAGUGAGAGACACACAAAUUUAACCAACUGUUUCUCUCUCCAGAUGCUGUCAGAGCUGCUGAGUUUCUCCAUUUUUUUUUGUUUUUAUUAUUGAUUGAUUGAAUCAAUGGUUUAUAUCCUUUUUUUUUGGUAGUUUUUUUUCUGGCCAAACAAAUAAGACUUUGAUGUAAGCCUUUCAUAAUACCUCUGACAAUUUUUAUGACUAUUUGCUGCUUUUCUCCUUUUGAGGCCACUAAUAAAGUUGUAGAAAUUAAACAAAAGAAUAUGUGUGCUGAAUGCAAAAGACCUUUAUGAUGUCUAUAGAUAUUAUAGGUUUACGUGUAGUUUUAAUUGUGUAUAUCUUGACAAGUUUUCUUGUAUAUUUAUGGAGACAAUGCAUUGCCUACUUGGGAAAGAGAAAAGAUUAGGAUGGCUGUGAAAGUACCAAUUAUUAUUUAAUGAGGUGAUCUUGAUUUUCAGAUUGAUUUCAAAUUGGCUCUCACAGUGCAGUCUGCCAGCUGGCUUCAACUUCCUGCAUUUUUCAAACUAAUCAGAAUAUGCAACUGAUGCUUUAAGCCUUUUAGCUUGGAGUGAUCACAUUUAAUUUAUCUGACAACCUUGCCUUAAUUUGGGGCUUUCAUAAUGGUUCUGACUUAAUGCUGUGAGAUUGCCCAGAAAUUCCUGAUUCUGGGCAGACAUGAGGUCAGACAUUCCAAACUGGUUGUUCCAGUUAGCUUAUUCUGUGCCUCUGUUGGAACAAGUUAUAAUCGUGCUUUACAGACAUUCAAAAAGCAAUGGUUAGGAUCAUGUCUGAUUUUUAGAAAAAUCUUGGGUAUAGUACUAAAAACAUGGAUCUAAGAUGUCCCAGUUUAUGCUAAUUCAACAGAAGUUACAGAACAGAGACAGAAAAAAAAACUAAAGCAGUGAGAGGGAACAUUUUGCUUCGUCUUGUUUAAUUGCUAUGUUUCAGCAAGCUACAAAUGUUGCUAUAAAGCAUGAUAGCAACAUCAAUUAAAUGUUGGAACUAGUAGGAACUGCUGAUGCUGGAGAAUCUGAGAUAACAAGGUGGUAGAGUUGGAUGAACACAGCAGGCCAAGCAGCAUCAGAGGAGCAGGAAAGCUGACAUUUCAGGUCUGGACCCUUCUUCACCAAUUAAAUGUUACCUAUUUUAACACACUCCAAGACUUCACAGGAGCAAACAUCAAAUUAAAAUUGGCCCCUAGUAUGUUGGGAUACAACUAGAUUUUGGUUUGAAGUCUGUUGAGGGUGCAAGGCAGGAAAUUGGCUUGAACAUUGGAAUAGUCGAGCUGAAGUUCCUUUUUUAGUUUAGCUUUCAUUUACUGUAUAUUGAGAAUCUGCAAUUUCUUUUCAUAUUUCACAUGCUUUACUUCCCUUGCUUCAGAGAGAAUAUCCCUAAAAACUUCAGAAUGCUAAAUGGAACCACCUAUAAAUAGCAAUGAAAAAUAAAAGGAAUGCAAAUAUUUACACUAGGUGACAGCAUUUUGCUAUUCUAGUGAAGAAGGGUCUAGGCCUGAAACGUCAGCCUUCCUGCUCCUCUGAUGCUGCUUGGCCUGCUGUGUUCAUCCAGCUCUACACCUUGUUGUCUCAAUGAAUAAAGGAACUACCCAUGGUGCUUUGUACUUUGGCAGAACCUGUGCUGAAAAGGCUCACUGGUGUUCUUUGUUUAAUGCAUAAACUGGCACUCUCUCAACCACUACUCUUGUCAGAGCAAACUGCUGGAUCUUAUGCUACCAUAAAAAGAUGAAGUAGUAGAGGUCAAUUGUAAUUGUCAUUUGAAAGCCAGCCACACAAGCUGCAAGAUUUCAUUUUAUAGCAGUUAUGUAAAUCAACAUGACACUGAACAGAAGUGUUACCCAGGCUUUGUGAAACUAAUUAAAAUUACAGCGAAGGAGAAGCACAGAUUGAGGAGAACCCAGUUAGAUUGUGUUUGGCAACUUCAAGAUCACAAGGAGUUUAGAUUACUAUCUGGCAAUUGGAACAAAACAAUCGUGGUUAAAUCUAAGGCAGAUAAUCUGCAUACCUAUCCUGGAAUUGACUGUGGUUCACUCUCAUAGUCAUCAUUCAUGACCUGCGCUGGAGAAUAUGUGUUUGUGUCGUGUGUUCUUAUCAAGUGAGGAUGGAGUUUGGAAUGAUUGUAAAGCCAAUAUGAUGGAAAAUAUCUAAAAAUUACUGGUCUAGGUUUCUUCAUGAAAAAUAGCUUCUCAGAUGAAGUACUGUCCCCAUAGAACUGUACCUAGUAUUUCUGUAACGCCUUCAGAAUGGGAUAGCUCAGGAAACUGGAGUGUUGCUUUCAACAUACUUUUAAUCUUUCAAAUGUAACAUAGAAGAAUUCACCAGGCUUCCAUUUUAAUUUGUACUGUUUAUCCAAACAAAAUAAAACUGAAAGCAGUUAUGAAAUGAAUGAAUUUAAGAGUGGUUAAAGUACGUCAGGUAUCAGAGUGCCAUUUUGCUAACUAAUCACCUUUUUCUCAUACAAUAUAAAUUGUUGCUGCCAUUGAAAUUUGGCAUUUUUCCAUCUGUCCUGAUGAGUACAGGAAGAAAACCUUCAAUGGUGUGUCUCUAUUUUCCGCAAUAAACCAUUACUCAGGAUUACAGUUCUUUUACCAAAACCUUAAGGCAAUCACAUACACAGUUUUAAAAUGUCACCAAUGAGCUUAAAUGGAAUCUGUUUUUGUAGUCAGUGUUCAAACACAACAAUAUUAGACAUGGAUGGGGCCUACUUUAAGCUUUCCACUGCCAGUUUGGAAAUGUGACAUCAGCAUUUUAUAAAAGGCAAUUGGUUCACUUUGUUUUUAGCUACUGAACAGCUCUUUCGCAAGGUGUCUUCAGCAGUGUGUGUUUAGUCAUACACCUUUCCUAGCAAACAAAUUCCUAGUAAAACAUGAAUGUAGGAGUAGCAUUGUUAUUCACCUUCAAAUUACUUUUGACUAUUGUAUUUGCAAUUUGUUUUAACCAAACAACCCAGGAAUGGAUUAGACUUGCACAAAACAUACUUUACGAUACAUGUACAUUCUACCAAUACCACACUCAAAUCCUUGUUGCCUGCAGUUUCAAUUGAAUCCUGGACCACAAGCCCCAAAGCUUUGUUACGACUCUCUGGAGUAGUACACUAAAAAUCAAGUCCUGCUAUUCCAAGAGUCAUCACAAAAGUUAAAGAUUUCAAAUGCAUACAAAAUUCCUCAAUUUUCCUUAAUUUCAGACCCAGAUUGAUAGAAAGCAUGGACCAAGUUUCUGUACUGAACAAGAAUCACUAUUUAUUACAAAUAAUUAGAUUCUAAUUAUUAAACAGUCACCACUAAUUAAAAUUUUAAUCCUCUGUAAAUGCCCCCUUACACACACACACAUACAGGCAGGGUAAAAUAGGUUGUAGGUCGAGGGGAGAAACUGGAAAGACAGUUUUUGUUCCCAGGUACUAUUAUUGAACCGGUCCAUAUGACUUUUCACUGGGCAAAUUCCUCCUGUUGCUUCAAUCAUCUUUCUUUGAUUUCUUCCAGUGAAUGUUGAGAGACACAAAGUGGCUAGUACACUUAUUAAAAGUCUCUGACUUAUCAGUUCAAAACAACAGUUUACAAUAAUGUCUGCAGGAAAGAUGAACUGGCUUUAUUCAGGUUUACGGUGAGUUUUGACUGCAGAAAACAGAGAGGCUGCUUCAGUACUGAAAUUUUUCUCACUCUAUAUCUUAAAUGUGUGCCCCUGCAUCUCUUGAUUUAUUCUUCAAUCUAAUUUUCCAAUUUACUUUAGCCAGCUCUGCUUUCAUGCCUUACAAUCAGCCUUAUUUCAGUUUAAGAAAAUAGUCUCAGAACCACUCCUCUCACCUUCAAACUGAAUGUAAAAUUCAAUCAUACUAUGGUCACUAUUACCUAAGGAUGUCUUUGCUAUGAGACGCUUAAUUAAUCCUAUCUAGUUGCAAAAUAACAGUCCUAGUACAAUCUGCCCUCAGGUCUGCUGUUCUAAGAAAACUGGUCUACAUUUUUUUAUAAACUGUUCCAAACUUGUUAAUAAUUGUCAAAUUGCAGUAUCUAUACAUUGUGUAAUCACUCGCUGAUCACCAAUGCCUUUUACUAAAGGAGCAAAUGCUUGCUCAGCUACCACUUCACAGAUUCUUACAUUCGUCUGCUAUCUCAACCGAGCUGUUUUUCACAAUCUUGAGUCUAGAGUAAGAAUGUUGGAGGCCAUCAUAGCACAGUCCAAUUUUCAAGCGAAGGUCAUCGAACAGCAAAUAGGAAGAGAGUCAUGUGCUGUAGUCUAUUCUUGAUUUCUCUGGUUUUUGAAGUCAAUCAUGUUACUCAAACUGUGUUUCAGUUUAAGCUUAUUGUUAUGAAUGGAGUUUUCUAAGAAGAUAAUGUUUUGUACUGUCCCUUUAACUCAAGGAAAAUGGAGAAAUAUUGUCUUGUAUGUGUAAGAGAUGUCUUUGGUUUGUUUGGCUAGAGUCAAACUCCAAUAUUUGUUUCUUUCCUUGAUAUGCUACUGUACAGAACUGAAUUGCAUUUCUGGCUCUGUAUAUAUGCAGAUAUUUUUAUGAAUAAAAAAUAUUUUUGAAA